AUGUUCACAUUUAAGCCAGUCUUUUAUAUAAGAUUUCAAGUGGCCGGUAGAGUAAAAUCUUUCAUACAGGAUUGUGGGUUUUUUAUUUGGGAUGUUCAUAUUCAAACUGAUCUUUUAUCAAGAUUU